AGUUUGAGGGGGUAACUAUAAUUUCCCCAUAAUAGAUAGAUGUGGAAUGAAAACUACCAAAUUAAAGCAUGUCAAAAACACCAGUCAAUAUUUCACUUCUCUUCCUGGGUAUUUUCUCUCUCUAAAAUCUGCUCAGGACUCCACCUUCUCUUCCUGGGGUUUCAGCUGUGAGUCCAUUUCCUCCUGCUGACAAUUCUCUGCAAGGGUCUUCCAGAUAUAUACAUAUAAAAUAUACUACCUGGAAAACAUGGUUCACAGAAAUGGAGUUGUCUUUUGGAUUCUUUCUUUGAGCUGCUUCUGGUUAUUGAGGAUUUCCGUGUCGAAGUUGCCCCAGGGUGAAGUGGACGCUCUCCAGCAAAUUGCCACUUCAAUGGGUGCAAUAUAUUGGGAGUUCAACAGUGAUUCAUGCCAAGUUGAAGUGGUUGGGUUAACUGCUCAGGCACCUUGGGGAUCAGAGGGCUCUGUUAAGUGCCAAUGCAACUUUGUGAAUGACACCUAUUGCCAUGUCGACAAGAUUGUGCUUAAGGGGUAUAGUCUUCCUGGUAUACUUCCGCCCGAAUUGGUGAAACUUCCUUAUCUCCAAGAGAUUGAUUUCGCAUACAAUGUCCUCAGUGGUACAAUUCCACUUGAAUGGGCUUCUUUGCGAUUGAGUUCAAUCUCUGUUCUUGUAAACCGCUUAUCAGGGGAAAUUCUGAAGGAACUUGGAAAUUUCUCUAGUCUCACAUAUCUGAAUCUUGAAGCCAACCAAUUUUCUGGCAGUGUUCCUUCUGAACUUGGAAAACUAGUUAACUUGAAUACUUUGAUACUGUCUUCGAAUCAGUUGAGUGGAGAGCUACCAACUUCUUUGGCUGGGCUAAGAAAUCUAACAGAUUUUAGGAUAAAUGAUAACAACUUCAGCGGAGCAAUACCUAAUUUUAUACAAAACUGGAAACAACUUGGAAGAUUAGAAAUGUAUGCCAGUGGAUUUCAGGGACCCAUUCCACCGAACAUAUCCCUUCUGAAUAAGUUAACUGACUUGAGAAUCAGUGACAUAAAUGGGACAGCUCAGAGAUUUCCUAACUUCAACAACACUACAGGGCUAAUAACAUUGGUUUUGAGAAGCUGCAACAUUUAUGGUGAAAUCCCUGGCUAUGUUUGGAAAAUUUAUAGUCUGCAGAUGUUGGAUCUCGGUUUUAACAGUUUAGUGGGAGACAUUCCAAAUAACAUACCUUCAAAGAGCUUGAAGUUUGUGUUUUUGAGUGGCAACAUGCUUAGUGGAAAUAUACCUGAUUCAAUCUUGACGGAUGGAAGUAGUAUUGAUCUUUCCUACAACAACUUAACCUGGCAAGAUCCUAACCAGCUUGCUUGUCGAGAGAACGUGAAUUAUUACAUAAAUUUAUAUAGAAGCUCUUCUAUGAAGAACCCCCUAAAGAGUAUUCUUCCGUGUAUGAAGGAUGUCACUUGUCCAAGAUAUGGGUGUUCUUUACAUGUUAAUUGUGGUGGAAAUGAUUUAACUACCAGAGAAGGUAAUGAAAAAGUCGUGUACGAAGGUGAUGCAAGUGUUGAGGGUGGUUCAUCAAAAUAUUACAGAAGUAAUUCUUAUUGGGGUUUCAGUAGCACUGGGGACUUCAUGGAUGAUAGCAGUUUCCAGAAUGUACGUUUUAUCAAAGCUGUGUCAUCAACAAACAUCUCUGGAUUGUAUACUACAGCGCGCCUGGCUCCUAUCUCACUUACUUACUUCCGUUACUGCUUAGAAAAUGGGAAUUACAUUGUUAAUCUACAAUUUGCUGAGAUAUUUUUCACAAACGACAAUACAUAUAACAGUCUUGGGAGAAGGAUAUUUGAUAUUUAUAUUCAGGGAAAAUUAGUUAGGAGGGAUUUCAAUAUUGAAGACGAGGCUGUUGGGGCUCUAAAGCAAUUGACAAGAACAUUUAAUGCCAGCGUGACAGAUAAUGUUAUGGAGAUCCGAUUUUAUUGGGCUGGCAAAGGGACUACUCGAAUUCCUGUAAGAGGAGUAUAUGGCCCCCUCAUAUCUGCUAUUUCUGUAAUCCCUAGUAACAAAUCUUGUUCAGACGGUGGAAGGAAGAACAUCACUGCAUAUGUUGCUGUUGGAGUUGUGGCUAUAUGCUUUGUUUUUGUAACAGCCAGUGUCCUUUGGUGGAAAGCCUGUUUGAAAGGCAAAAAAAGUAGGGGAAAAGAUUUCGAAGGUCUCGAGUUGAAAACUGCUUCUUUUACUUUGAAACAUAUUAAAGCUGCCACAAACAAUUUCGAUUCGGCAAACAAGAUUGGAGAAGGUGGUUUUGGUUCUGUGUAUAAGGGUGUAUUGUCUGACGGUACUCUAGUUGCAGUGAAGCAACUGUCAUCUAAAUCAAGGCAAGGAAAUCGUGAAUUUUUGAAUGAAAUUGGCAUGAUUUCUUGCUUGCAGCACCCAAAUCUUGUUAAACUUCAUGGAUGCUGUAUUGAAGGGGACCAAUUGUUGUUGGUGUAUGAGUAUAUGGAAAACAAUAGCGUCGCCCACAUGUUGUUUGAUCCAAAGGACGACCAAUUGAUACUCGAUUGUCCAACAAGGCUUAAGAUCUGCAUUGGGAUCGCUAGAGGUUUAGCUUUUCUGCAUGAGGAAUCAAGAUUCAAGGUUGUUCACAGAGACAUUAAAGCUACUAAUGUGCUGCUUGAUGGAAACCUAAACCCCAAAAUAUCAGACUUCGGGUUGGCUAGGCUUAAUGAAGAUGAAAAGACCCACAUUAGCACUCGAGUUGCUGGAACUAUAGGAUAUAUAGCCCCGGAAUAUGCACUUUGGGGUUACUUGACUUACAAGGCAGAUGUUUACAGCUUUGGAGUUGUUGCUUUGGAAAUUAUCAGCGGGAAGAACAACAACAAUUACAUGCCAAGUAACAAUUACACAUGUCUGCUAGAUUGGGCGUGCCACUUGCCGCAAGGAGAAAACUUCAUGGACCUUGUGGAUCCAAAGUUGGGGUCUGAAGUCAACAAAGAAGAAGUGGAAAGGAUGGUGAAAGUAGCACUCUUGUGCACAAAUGCAUCACCAUCACUUAGGCCUGCAAUGUCUGAGGUGGUGAGCAUGCUUGAAGGCCGAAUGACUAUCCCAAGCAUAAUUCCAGAACCAAAUUCCUCCACCGAAGAUUUAAGGUUCAAAGCCAUGAGAGACUUUCAUGAAGAGACCCAAAAGCACAGUUCAAGUCGAAGCCAAACCCAGAAUUCACCAGCACUCCAAACAGACAUUGCUUCUUCAUCUACAUCUCACUGAGAAAGGUCGGAGAUUUGCUUCGAAAGCGUAGAUGGCUUAGUAAACUUAUAGUUAAUUACUUCUUUGAUUCUUGUAGCUUGUAUCUACCUGAAGUAGAUUGUUUUUUGUUGUCCUUUUUCGAUAUUUUUGACUGAGAUUGUUGAGGAGGGUGAGUAUUAUUGUAAAUUUUGCUGUUGCUGUUUGUGGUGGUGGGAAUUGUCGUAUAACCUAAACAUGUUGUUGACAUAUUAUCAAGUACAUAAAGGAAAAGAAUCAUUUCCGCA